AUGUAUGCUGAGAUCCGGCUAGCUGUACCACCAUGCUGGUUUCUGACCAGUUUCAUUUUCUUCCCACCAGGUGCCUUAGACGAAGAUGAGAGUGAAGGUGAAGGGGGUGAUUCUGGGUCCACUAUUGUAACUCCAGCUGGUGAGGUCCUCAACUCAGGGGAGCGCCAUCAACUUCGGCACCGCGAGCUCUUCCUUUCCCGACAGAUAGAAACCCUCCCUGCCACGCACAUAAGGGGCAAGUGCACAGUCACGUUACUCAACGAGACAGAGUUGCUCUUGGCCUAUCUCAAUAAAGAGGAUACUUUCUUCUACUCUCUUGUAUAUGACCCUCAGCAAAAGACAUUGUUAGCAGAUAAAGGUGAAAUUAGAGUUGGUUCAAGAUUUCAAGCAGAUAUUACAAACCUAUUAAAAGAAGGAGAAAGUGAUGGUCGUAAUAUGGAAGAAUUAGAAAGUCUGGUCUGGACCCCAUACCAUGGUUUAACAGACCGCCAAAUAGACCAGUUCUUAGUGAUGUCACGGUCAGUAGGGACUUUUGCCAGAGCCUUAGACUGCUCUUCAUCAGUCAAGCAGCCAUCACUGCAUAUGAGUGCGGCAGCUGCAUCGAGAGACGUCACAUUAUUCCAUGCCAUGGACACUUUACACAAGCACAACUAUGACAUCAGCAAAGCAUUAUGUUCCCUAAUACCUGCCACGGGGCCUGUCCUCUGUCGAGAUGAGAUGGAAGAGUGGUCAGCCUCUGAGGCAAACCUGUUUGAGGAAGCCCUUGAAAAGUAUGGCAAGGACUUCAAUGACAUCAGACAAGAUUUUCUGCCUUGGAAAACUCUAAAGAAUAUAAUAGAGUACUACUAUAUGUGGAAAACAACAGAUAGAUAUGUACAGCAGAAAAGAGUGAAGGCUGUUGAGGCAGAGUCCAAACUAAAGCAGGUUUACAUUCCUAACUAUAACAAGCCAAAUCCAGCAGCCCUCUCCAAUGGUAAAACAUCGAUGGUGAAUGGAAACGGAACUGAUGUGUCUGUAUCUGGCAAGGCCUGCGAGUCCUGUCACACAACAAGCAGCAGUCAGUGGUAUGCCUGGGGCCCAUCUCACCUCCAGUGCCGACUAUGUAACUCGUGCUGGCAAUACUGGAAGAAGUUCGGAGGCCUAAAGCUUCCCUCCCGCAUAGGCAGAGAAGAAGCUGAUAUUGACAGUGAAAGUGGAAGAAAAAGUGCUGAUAUUUUUGGGGAAGAACGACUGCACAGUGGCAGUCGUUCACAGCGGUGUAAUGUAGGUGGGUGUGGACGAGAGUACAAGACACGAUCGCAGUUAAUUCGCCACGCUGCCCAAGCACAUGGAGUGGCACUCCGAGCUGGCUCCCCAAGACCCAUCAUGAAAACUCGGGCAGCCAUCAUGGUACACACUAGCCUUCCCAUUCGUGUAAUGCGUCGCCUUUGUCAAGACAUCAUCCAACCAAGGAAAGCUUGUCGCAAUCCAACUUGGCCCAUCAAUGCAGCAAAUAUUCGACAAGAGAGUCUCCAGCGGAUGGGUGGGAAAUCCUUUGAAGAUUUUGCGUACCUGGUUAAGAGGGGGACGGGGCGGCGACGAGGGAGAGUGUCUCACGUGUCUAUCCGCUUAGGCCAAAAGGACCUGGCUUGCCCCGCUUGGAUGCUCCCCACGGACAAGUUGCUCCUCCCAAAACAACCUCACAUAGCAUUCCCAAAACCUCCCAAGGGACCAGAUGGCAGUCUGAUAUACACACCAGUACCCAACAGAGAGCUUCCUGUUGUCAAUAACACCUCACCAACUUUGCUAAAGCGAAGGGCCUACGAGGAGAUCAAUGGAAUGGACGAGGGCGAAUUGGAAGAAGGACUCCAGCCACCAAAGCGGUUAAAGGAGAUGGAGGCACUGGACUCCUUGCGCCUGAACCAGCUGGGGGUGAACCCACCCCCGGGCUUGACGGUCACACCGGUGGGGGUGAACGGGAGUCCAGGCUUGACUCCGCCAGUGGUCCCGACGCCUCCACCCCUGAUGGCGGGGGUCCCCAACCUGGGCACCCCGAACACCCCUGGGCGGGCCAAGAUAGCAACAGUGUCGAGGGUGGGAGGCCGCCCCCGGAUCAUCUCUUGGAUGGAUGCCCCUGAUGAUGUGUACUUCUACGCCACAGAGUCUACCAAAAAAUUGCGUAGAAGUUUAACUACGAACGACCUGAAGCGGGCAGCCCGAAGACCCUGGAAGAAGAUCGUAGAGAAGGAGCCAUCGCCAUCCACCCCAACCCCCACAACCACACCAACCCCCACCCCCACGCCAACCCCCAUCACCCCCUUCACACAUCUUACGAGCGACUGAUCCAGCCAGGACGAGGACACAACCCCGCCCCAACCCAAACCCUCUGCGCCGAUGAGCUAAGAGAACGACAACACAUUCCCUGCUGGAGUGCGCGUGGGAUUCCUCUAUGGACGUCCCCCCCAAAAGUGGCUUGUUUUCAAUGACCGUGUGCCCCAACAGUGACUUGAGCGUGUUUGUGUGUGCAAGCCGGACACCCAAAGCAGCAUGUCGGACUGCUGCCGUUUUGGCUUGAUAGGCAAAGUGUUGUUGUGGAGGACUUUUUAAUUCCAGGAGAGGACGGCCAGACUCUCUCUUCUCUCUCUCUCUCUCUCUCACACCCCAAAUGUGCGUUAGAAUCCAGUACGUACCGUUAACAGAAACUGAGUGGCACAGUGGUGGUCCCCCCAAGCCAGUGUUACCACCCAGAUAGGGGACUAGGAGCACUGCCUGUAACUGGAUACCAAUUAUUAUUUCAAAAGCCUUUUUUAGGGCCAAAUGAUUUAUCUUCAUUAAAUAAAAUGUUUAUUAAUUGACCCGAGGAGUUUGGAGUUUGCUACAAUUACCUUUAUAUUCCUUGAGCCUCGGGGGUAAAGCAACAAGGAAGUCUUGAAGACGGAAGAAUCAAAGUUCAAAACCUCUUAAUGCUAAGUGAGAGGAAUUUUGUGUGAGUGAAGCUUAAAACACAGAGAGGGCUUGUGCAAGCUGGUUGAUCUGCAGACUAGUUCCAUAGGGUGACUCUUGUGUAGUUAUGGUGUGAAUCUGUGAGGAGUACCUGAGGAGAAGCAACAUCCAAGAUGGGGCUUUUCUAAUGAUCUGAUCUGACAGGAUUAAUGAGGUAACGGAUGAUGAUAAGAAUGAUGAAGAACAUUGUUAUAGAAGUACUGUGGAAUUCCCAAGAUUGUUAAAAAAAAAAGAGGGUUGGUUUGUAUGAGUGAUGAGUGAUUAAUCCAUUAUUGACAAAAGUAAUUGUAAAAAUAUACAAAAACAAACAAACAAAAAAUAAAAUGACAAGAAGAGAUGCUGUGAGUAGGAAGGAGAUGGAAUGGAUAUAGGUUGGCACUCAAGGUGCCAGAUGUUCCCUGGAACCACCACCCAAAGUUCAAAGUGAAAGAUAAGAAUAACUUCAACCACCACCCAUACUAUUUUUUAUUCAGACUCUUUUGUGUACAUAUGGUUGCCGCAUGUUCAUCAUGAAAUUUUCAGUGAUUCGUAGUGAUAUUAGUGAUAACCUGUGUAAUUUGUAUUUUGUCCAGUUGAACAAUUACUGCACCAGUAUCAUUUUUUUUUUUUUCUUUCUCUGUCUCUAUCUCUCUCUCUUUUAUUUAUUUACUUUUUUACAAUAAUUUGACUGGGUAUGAAACUUCCACCAAUGCUGUGUCAUGAUCACAUGCAACAUGCACCCCCAGGUUCCAGAAAUGACCCUUUGACAGCUGCAAUUUGCAAAGCAAGACAGCAAAAUGGAUGCGCACUGGCAGGGAAGAAAUAAAAGUGUGCUGCCGAGGGUCAGUCAAGCGUCUCCAUUACAAUCCAUCUUUUUACUGUAGUCUGUACUUCCAGUGUCCCCCCAGCCGCCCCCUCAAUCCAGCACACCUCAGUUCCAGGAUUUACUGCCAUUAUUUUUUUUCCACUCACUUUCUCACCUUUAAUCUCUUGUUUCAGUGAUUUGAUCCUUACUCAUAAUUUCUGUAUUAUUUAGCUUUUUUUUUCUUUGAUUUAAAGUUAUUUAUUAUGUUUCUGCAACCUAAAUCAGACUUAAAAUAAUUUACUUGUUAAGCAGAGAUUGUAAUUUAUAAUUUUUCUUUCACUGAUGUUUAACUUUCCUCUCUCUUUUUUUCUUUCUUUUUUCUUUUUUUUCUUUUUUUUCUCUUUCUUUCUUUCUUUCUUUUUCUCUCUUCCUUUUUUCAUCUGUGAUGGUAUGGAAUUUGUUAUUGGUCAGCCAGGACAUUGAGAAUCCCUUGUCUUUGGGAAAUGUAAUGUCAAUUGACAUAGGGAUGAAUAUCACUUCAACAUUAUUCUACAUUUUUGUUUGUUUUAUUUUUUAUUUUUUUACUUGUUGGAUAUGAUAAUUACAUUUCUAUGUCCUGCUAUGGGUUUACAUGCUGCUAUAUUCCAAGGUAUUUGUUUUAAACACAGUAAAUGACGAAUUACUUCUCGUACAAUGACUUUAAAUAUUUACUCUAGUCUACAAUUGCAUAAUUUACUUUUCUAGAGUAGGAAUCUCGACAAAUUCAAGUGACGAUAGGUAUUUUUAUAGUAAAUGUAAAUCCCGAUAAAGUGUAUAGCAGCUGUGGUGCCCAUACCUGUCCUAAAAAUUUAUCCUUCGAUGGGUCAUGUAUGAUACAGAGACCCAAACCUCAAAUCUGAAGAGGAGGAGUUGUGAUGGAUGGAAUUAACAAAGAAAUAAAAGAAAUGAAAACAACCAGAGACACUGUCAUUAAUUUUGUAUUAAUAAGAUAAUUAUUUCUGUUCUGUACUUAGUUCAUUCAUUCAUUCAGCCCUCUACAAUACAUAGAUAGACUUUGUAAUACUUGUUUUUUCUUUAAAUUCCUUUUUAAGUAUAAGAGAAUGUUCUAAGGAGGAUGUAAAGUGUUGUCACACAAAAUCAUGAGCAAUGGUACUUAUGAAAUUUAAUCUUGUAACAUCAGUGACCAUCAGUUAUUUUGAUAUCAUACAAUUUAUUAUAGUGUGCUUUUGCGUAUAUGUCUAAAUGAUGAGCAUGAAAGGUAAAACCAUAUUUGAAGAACAUUGUUUUGGUCUUAAUGGUAUCUAUUGGAUGUUUGUUAAGUUUGAAAUGACCUUCCAUUACUCAGGGGUAUGUCCAAGCCCAAAAUAAUAUUAACAUUCAGGUAUGUCACACAAGAUGAAACAUCGGGAACCUGGUGAGGAAUUAGGGAAUAUGUCUCAAACAAAGCACCAUAACUUCAAUUGCAUAUUCCCUCAAGUUCAGAAACUAUUCAUAGCACUGUUAAAGAAAUUGUAAUAAUGUUAUGAUGAUCAUUAUAGCAUUGAAUCAUGACCCUAUACAACUUUACAAGGUUUAUUGUAAUAAAUGUAAUAAGCUGCACUGCCUUCAGUGAACAUAGCUGGUAUUGCUUCAUUCUUGUGAGCCUGAGAGGGGCACAAUUGGAGCUGGCAUAUUGUACAAAACAGAGAUAAAAAGGAAAUCUG